AUGAUGGGCCGCUGCUUCUCCAGCAAUAUGCUGCAAACCAUCUUCAUCCAUGCCCACCGCGACCACCGCAUCAUGCAGUUCUUCGAGAUGGUGCUGUGCCUCGAGACCAACGGUGACUACUUCGACGUGGAUGCGUGGAUGAACCGCAAGAAGAAGUCUCCGACUCUCUUUCAGGUGUGCGGCAAUCAGCUGCUGCACUUCCAGACAUUCGGCGACGCCUUCUCGUUCCUGCUGUCGCGGCGCUCGUGGGUGGUGAUCGGCGUCUUCCGUCAGUUCCCCAAGUCGGAGGGCCUGCCAGGGUUGCCGCGGUAUUUCAUCACGAACCCACCGACCGAAAUGCCGCUCCGCGCUGACGACGUGAUGUACGCACUCUCACUUUCCUCUGCCACAGGCGAAAAAACUGGACCCUAA